AUGAUCGGCCACCCACGUAGGCGGCGGUCACUGUGGCAGGACGCCGAGCACAUGGAAAAUGUGGAGCAGCUACGCCAGGGCGAGGACCAGGCUGAUGUGCUGUCAAGGCUGCUUUCGCUGGCCGCAGCAGCCACUGCAGCCUCGCUUGUGGGCGACGACCACCAGGCUGCCACGCGAGACGGUACCUUUGACACGUUUCUACAAUCCCUGCAGAAUGGUAGCAUAGCAUCGGCCCUACGAGGCAACGAGCAGGGCCAAGACGGCGAUAACCCGGGAGCCAACCAGGCCCCGCUGAACUUCUUCAGGAUGUUUAGGUUUGGCACCAGCACCGACAACCCCAGGAACAGGAACGACAACGCCAUCGGCCGUGGAGAGGGCGACGAAGAUGGUGAAGGCAGGUUGGUGCCCAUCAUAAUCGUUGGCAUCCGAUCCAUACAGCCAGGCAACGGUACGGGCCAAGAGGAUGCCAGUAUCCCACCUUUCCUCGAUGCCCUGUCAAGCUUCCCCACGCCUCCAACUUCACCGGGUGAUACCCAUCACAUGCUACCACCCCCACAGAACGGCACACGUUUCAGCCACCGCCGAAGAGCGUCAAUGGGUGGCUUCAACUUCCCGUCCAAUUACGACAGCCAGAGGCACCAGCGUGCGAGUCCUCAAGACCGCUCGAGUCCCUGGUCUUCAGCGACAGACUCUCCUUCAGCCCCCUCACCGCCGCCAUCGACACCUGCUACCACCCUCAACUCCUCCGCUGUACCCUCGCGCGCCUCCACACCAGCAACCUCGACCUCACCCCCUUCACCCACCACACUAUCUUCUGCAGCUUCACGGGCCAAUAGCUUUGUCCGAACUGCCCCCGGAUCCACGCUGGAACCCACCGUUGAGGAACCACAAACACACACUCGCAAUGCUCGGCCCCGUCGCCUUAGUGAGUCUGACUUCACAAGAUACGGUGCCGGUGCUCCAAGAAGAAGAGGUGUAGUAGAGCCUGACAACAACCCCGGUGAAGGUUCGCGGAGCUGGAUCAUCUACGUCCUAGGGGGAAGCUAUCCCGAGAACCAUCCGAUUCUUACCACGCCGAGUCUCUUCACUGAGUCGCCAACCUACGAAGACAUGAUGCUGCUAUCCUCCAUCCUCGGCCCUGCGAAACCACCGGUUGCCAGUGAGGAAGACGUUGCCUCUGCUCCGGGUCUAUUCAGGAUACGCGGUACUGACAGUGCCCUUGUAGCUGAGGCUGUUGACGGGGACGAGUCCAUUGACCUCGUUGCUGACGCACGCUGUCUUGUCUGCCUGUGCGAUUUUGAGGCCGACGAAGAAGCGCGAAAGCUGGUCAAGUGCGAACACAUGUUCCACAAGAUCUGCAUUGAUCAGUGGCUAACUACCGGUCGUAACUCAUGUCCCCUCUGCCGAGGUGAAGGCGUUCACGAAACAGCAAAAGAAGCCGAUGCUCCCGCCGACGCCGCUGCACCUUCCGCUCCCCCAGCAGUCGCAUGACCUCGCUCGCACACACAUUAAGUUCCAGUUUAGCUCUCCAAGGAGACCUUUGCUCGUUUCUUCACAUAUACCCCCUUUUCUUACGUGAUUAGUCUCGCGCUCUCUCUCCGACAUGAUUGGAUACUGGAAUAUUUCUCACAUCACGACUCUGCUUGUUUUCUGCGACUCUGGAGCGUUCACGGCGUCGGAAAUCUCUCUCAAUUGAAUGUUUGCAUUUUUCUUUUGCAUUGCGGGGCAUCUGCGUGGAGUGGAAUGGAAUGAAAUGGACGGACGGAACUCGAAACGGGAAACAGGAAUCUCGACUAAUCUUCUUUGUCAUGGAUAACAGCAUAUGGACGACUUUCUACGAAUCUCCUACACUGUGUAUAUGGGGUAGGGCCGGCGGACGGAUGGAUGGACGAAAUGCAACGGCAACGGAACGAGGCAUGGAAUGGGUUUUCACUUGAGUUCAGGGUAGACAAACGGAGGUGAUGACAAAUGAGCUGCUUUCUGGUUUUAGCUUUUGUGUGCGCACAAAAGUAGAAAGAACUUGAGCAGUGUGUAAUGAAAUGAUAAAGAAAGCUUUUUGUUC